UAAACCCGGGAAAACAGUGGGCAAAGGAAAUUAACGCUUUUGAUAUUCCAGCAUUGAUUUUCGCGAGGUGUCCACAGUGCGCAAUAAUGCGCAGCAUGGCAGUAAACCUUGUGCAAAUUUUCAUUUUGCUGAGUUUCUCAAAUCUUGUGUUGCUUGGUAUGGUUGAAACUGGACAGAGAAAUUACACUGGAUAUCAUGUCAUCCGGACAUUCCCCUUGGAUACAGCGGAAAGUGAGCAACUGCUGAGUGACCUGGACAAAUGGGCGAAUGGUUCUAAGGCUGCUUACAGCGUGUGGGGAAGUCCGAAUGAAGACCAGUUGGAUUUAGCGGUUCAUCCAGACAAAGUAAAAGAUGUCAUUGACUUGCUCACUGCAAAGCACAUUCCUUCCAUCAUCCUCAUCAGUGAUGUCAAGAGGAUUCUGAAACGGUCCAUGGUCUCGUCUUGCUUAGACUCAGCAGAAUAUGAAUACAACCGUGGAUACGAUUUGACCGACCCGUUGAAAAUGAACUGGUGCACCUAUCACCGACUCUACGAGAUUCAGGAUUUUAUGGAUGAAGCUGCUGCUAAUAAUCCGAAAAAAGUCACGCUGGAAAAGAUUGGCAACUCUUCCGAAGGACGAAAUAUCGAGCUUCUUCGGAUCAACACUGCAAACGCUUCGAAUGCGAUUUGGAUUGAAGCAGGAAUGCAUGGAAGGGAAUGGAUUGCACCAGCGGUUGUGACCUACUUCAUCAAAACCCUGAUCGACGAUUACUCGAAACAUAAGCAGAUAGUCGAUGCCUUCCAGUGGUAUAUUCUCCCUGUGAUGAAUCCGGACGGUUAUGAAUAUUCCCACGUCGAGGAUCGAAUGUGGACGAAAACUAGAAGUGAUCACGUUUCAACCUUGGGCUGCAGAGGCGUAGAUCCUGACAAAAACUUCAAUUUCCAAUGGAUGGUUGGUGGAAGCCAGGACAAGUGUUCAGACAAUUACUCGGGUCCUGCUCCGGAAACUGAACCGGAAGUGCGGGCAGUUCGAGAUAAAAUAAUGCAAGCUGCCCAACGGAACAGGUUCAUCGGGUUCUUUUCUUUCCAUUCUUACGCCCAGGUCUGGGCAGCACCCUGGGGCUGGACUCGUGCCCCACCGAGAACAUAUCCCAUUUUGAUGCGAGUGGCAAGAGCUGCUAGAAAUGCGAUUCAAAAAGUUUAUGGAACUCAAUAUGAAUUGGGAACCAUCGCUGGGAAGCUUGGAAUUGUAUCGGGUUCGUCGACUGGCUGGGCAUUCGGUGCAGCAAAAAUCCCUUUCGUGUAUCGAAUCGAACUCCGCGACGAAGGCAACUACGGUUACGCACUUCCACCAGAGCAAAUUUUACCCACGGCAGUCGAGACGUUCGCUGGCUUGAAAGCGGCUGUAGAGGAAAUCCUUAAAAUUCUCAACGAGAAAAAGUCAGUCAUGCUUACUUUGCAGCGAGCGAGAAAGCAUGACGUCACCGCGAAUUCCAGAAAAAUGGUGAAUGCCCGUUCGAUAGCGCGAAAAGGCGACAAGAAUGAAGUGAAACCCGAAGAAGAUGCGAUGGGUGACAGAAAAGGAGGGAAACAAACACAUUUUGGGCGAAAAAAUGAUGGACAGCAUAGGCGGGUUCGGAAGGUGGUUUCCAAGAAGAAUAGCAAAGAAUCUUCGAACAGAUCAAUCCUGGAAAAACUUGUUUCCCGAUGGGAUUUCUGGGGCAAUUACCCACCAUGCUGCCAGGAGACAACUUGAGCUUCUGUCUGUGUCAUCCGGAAAGAAGAAAAUAAUAUUAACCGAUUGGAAAAUGACAACAGACGCGAUCUACUUGCUGCAAUAUCUGCUAUAAUUAUUGUAUAGAGAAAAUUACGGUAUUCAACAGUUCCGCCAUCCGGUCGUUAUUUGAAAUCUGAAAGAUUUUGAAUCAUACGUUUUCUGUAUUUCAAUGUAGUGCUGCCCUUCGUUCGAAAAUUCAUAUUGCAAUUCGAAGAACAUUUCUAGAACAAGACCGAAGUGCGAUUAAAUAGUGUCCUACGCUCCGUUUUA